GCUGCCUCUGCCUCUGCCUCUGCCUUCCUUUUCUCCUCUUCGCUUCAUGAAAUAGGAGACAACUCCACGUGAAGAUGACUCAGCAAACCUACAAUGGUCCCCAUUUGUCCUCUACGUCUCAGAUUCCCAAAAAUAAAAGGACGCCAGUGCUGCAACGUUCUGUUCAUCCGCGUGGUGCAGCAGAGAGGGGAUCGGCUUGGCUUUCUGCGAGGAAAGGUGGCCGUGAAUUGAUUAAGAUCAGAGGGCUAUCACCCCCUAAACUCAACAACUGGUGGCAAAUCACCCCCUUAACCCAUUUUACGCGCAAAUCAACCCCUCAACUCACCUGCAGUGGCAAAUCAGCCCCUCUCUUAACCCUUCCGUUAACAUUUAACAGUUCGCUCAUCAGCCCUUCCUCUGUGUUCAACGUGGCCUUCUUUUUGCUGAGGUGGAGGCACAGCUGGACAAAUACCUCAAAAUCGGCAGAUUACACAAAUUACUUUUAUACCCUUAAGUUGUUUGGGGAAUAAAAUUGGGGAUUUGGGGAUUUAGGGAUUUAGGGAUCAGCUUCUAUCAUCUUUGUCUUCUUCCCUUCUUCGUCUUUGUUUAGCAAGAUCUGCAAUUCAUCGAGCAUGGGAUUCUUCGUCAAGCUUUGAAUCUUCUGUCAAAUUACCAUAUUUUGAGGAUAUCUAGGCUUUUAUUUUGUUUGGCAGCUUCUAUCAUCUUCUUCCCCUCUUCGUCUUUUAAAAAUUGAACCUUUUUUAGCAAGAUUUGCAAUUCAUGGAGCAUGGGUUCUUUGUCAAACUCUAAAUCUUCUGUGCAAUUACCAUAUUUUGAGGAUAUUUAGCGUUUUAUUUCAUUUUCCAGCUUUUAUCAUCUUCUUCCCCUCUUUGUCCUUUCAAAAAUUGAACUCUUUAUUAUCGAGCAUGGCUUCUUGAUUGAUCCUGGACGCUGUUUUUGGUCUCUGUAUUGUUUAGUUUCGUUUGAUAAGUUUGCAUAUUGAAGAAAUUAUUGUUUUCUGAUGGCUAAUUUGCAUUUGAUUUAGUUGCAUUUGUUGCUCAAUUCGAUCUAGAUCUUUGUUAAGAAGACAAAAAUGGCUCAUAUCUGUUGGUUUCAAGGGGUCUUUUGGGUUGCAUUUCUAGAGAAGAUCUGUUCUUUCUGUGAUUUUAAUUGUCAUUAUAUUUUUGUAUUGGAUCUGGUAAUUUUCUGGUGGAUCUUGAUGUUGGUUUUGCCAUGGUUAAUUACUUGUUUAUUGGGGGAAAUGGGGAUGGGAACUAGAGCUUUUAAAUCAAUUUGAUGCACAGAA